UCGCCCGCCUUCACUGCUCCGGGCCGCGAGGAAGUCUCAAGAUGGCUGCCGUGGCUGGAAGUCUGCUCCCUUCUGCAACAUGAAGCCGUGAGAGCGCGAGACCGCGAGGGAGGCACCAUCGGGCUUUUCUUUUUAUUUUCUUUUAGUUACUUUUCUUUUCUUUCGUCAAACAUCCAUCUCAUUCCGCGUCGUGUCGGCCCCGGGCUCAUCUUCGGGAGUGACGCGUCAAAUCACGCCGGGACCUGCCUCAGCUAAAGCGGCUAACUCACACAUUCGGCUAAAGCGGCUAACUCGGCUAACUCGCGGCUAGCUCCCACUCACAUUAGUUUAGCUGUGCCCCGCUCCGCGCACAGGUGCGUGUCAGAAACACGCGUGGCAACAGGCUGCUGUCGUGUAUCACACAAACCCCCGUCAGGACGCUGAACCCACGCGGGGCGCGCAGCUGUCACAGAAAAGCCCGAUCGGACCGUACUGGGCUCAACAUGUCCGCGGAGUGGCCGUGCAGCCUGUGGCUCCUGCACUAAUGCGCAGUAUCCAUCCGUUUAAUGUGCUCAUCCCGCUGCCGUCUUAUUCUUUUUCACCCCGUCACUGCACAAACCCCCCCAGUAUCCGCCAUUAGCUGCCAGAGCUGCAGGAUUUAGGGCACAUUAUGGGCACACGGAACUUUUUCUGCCUGUAGGUAGCGACAUUGGCCUUGUUGGCAACUCACCAAAAAUCCACCGAAAUGGACACUACACUCGACCAAAACUGAGGCGUUUUGUUUACUGUGGACUGUUGAGCUCCGCCAGGCACUUGUUCCAGCUUCAGUCACUACAGAGACCCAGAGUUAGCUCGCCUUCGGCGCACAGCUAGCCCCCGUCUCCCCCUCACACACACUCAAACACGGCGUACAGGACAUACUCGGAGCCCGCUCCCGGACACACGCACCGGCUCAGUAACACCGUCAUGGGAGUGCAGGGCUUUCAGGAGUACUUAGAGAAGCGAUGCCCCGGGGCCGCGGUCCCCGUGGACCUGCUGAAGUUGGCCCGGACAGCGGCCCGCCAGCCUCCUCAUCACCCGCACCAUCACCCUCAUCACCCGGGGCCUCCCCCACCUCCCACCCGGAUCCUCAUGGACGCAGACUCGGGCCUGCAGCGGCUAUACGGGGGCUACCAGACGGACUGGGUGUGCGGCGGAGAGUGGAACGCCAUGCUGGGCUACCUGGCCGCGCUGUCGCAGGCCUGUCUGUACCAGGGCGGCCUGGAGCUCGUGGUGGUGUUUAACGGGACCCUGGGGAAGGAGCGCUGGCCCGAGUGGGCGCGGCGCGUACAGGGCCAGCGGCAGACCGCGCAGCUCAUCGUGAACCACGUCGGCAGUAAGGCCACCCCGCCUCCCCGGGCCUGGUUCCUGCCGCCCGCCUGCCUCAGCCACUGUGUGCGCCUCGCCAUGUUCCGCUUCAGAGUGCGGGUGGUGCAGACGCUGGAGGACCACCACCAGGAGGUGUUGUCUCUGUACCGGGACUUUGGCUUCGCAGGUCUGAUUGCUCAGGACUCAGAGUUUGCGCUGUGUAAUGUUCCGGCGUAUUUCUCGUCUCAUGCCCUCAAACUAAGCUGGAACGGGAAGAACCUGACCACACACCAGUACCUGCUCUCUGAGGCCGCCAGACAACUGGGACUGAAAACACACCACCUGCCCUGCUUCGCUGCUCUGCUCGGAAAUCACAUUCUGCCUGAUGAGGACCUGGCUGCCUUCCACUGGAGCCUCCUGGGACCAGAGCACCCACUCGCCUCUCUCAAGGUUCGUGCUCAUCAGUUGGUGCUGCCUCCCUGUGAGGUGGUCAUCAAAGCUGUGUCCGAGUACGUCUCCUCCAUAAAAGACCUGAACAACCUGGACGCCAUCGCCAAAGACGUCUUCAAACAGUCACAGUCUCGAAUGGAAGACAAGAUCGAACGUUUCAAAAAAGCCGUAGAGUAUUUCUCCGCUGCCUCCAAACCACGCUCUCAGAACCUGGGCACCUCCGCCUUCAUCUUACCAGGUUUUGGACCUCCUCCGUUCGGACCACCAGGACCCAUGGGACCCAUGCAGCCUGGAAAGAACCAGUUCCCUCCUUCCCAGGCUCCUGGCCUGAAGCCUCCAUUUCAGAACUCUCCUUUCGGCUCCGGAUCGCCUCUGUUCCAGGCUCCGCCCACAGACUGUAACGAUUCGCUCUCAAACAAAAUGGGCUUCACUGAUUGGUCGGCUCCUUACGAUUCCACUCAGGGCGGGAGUCGAUUACCCAAUCACCACACAGGACAGCAGUCUGGCCCCUCCCCUUCACCCUCGUCUUCGUCCGAUGGAGAUGAGCCCAACGACAACAACGCAAAUCAUUUGACGGACAAGUCUUCUCGAUGGGAGGAGCCCUCUGCAAAGCCCGGCUCUGGAGAAGCCUCCUCUGGGAACGGAGGCUCCAGUAUCCCCUCUCUGCUGUCUAUGGCCACCCGCAGCCACAUGGACAUCACCACGCCCCCUCUGCCCCAGGUCAGCGCUGAGGUACUGCGAGUGGCCGAGCACAGACACAGAAGAGGACUCAUGUAUCCACAGAUCUACCACAUCCUCACCAAGGGCGAGAUGAAGAUGCCUGUGUGCAUAGAGGAUGAGUGUAACUCUGAGCUGCCUCCGGCCUCUCUGCUGUUUAGAGCCGCACGACAGUACGCCUAUGGAGUCCUCUUCAGUUUGGCCGAAACGCACCGCCGUCUGGAGAGACUUGCCCUGCGCAAGAGGGCGCCCCUAGAGGUUCCUCCGGUGAUCGUGAAAGAGUGGAGUUGUGGUAAGGCAAAGUCUGCGUUGACUCCAGAGCUGGUUCCUGCUCUGUGUUUCCGGGAAUGGACGUGUCCAAACCUGAGGCGUCUGUGGCUGGGUCGAGCCUCUGAGGAUCGCUCCAGAAGAACCAGAGCCUUUUUAGCCUGUCUGCGUUCAGACUGCCCCGCCCUGCUCAACCCCGCACAGGUGCCCCAGCACCUGCUGCUCAUGUGCUGCGUGCUCAGGUAUAUGAUGCAGUGGCCCGGGGGCAGGAUCCUUCAGAGACAUGAACUCGAUGCCUUUUUGGCUCAGGCUGUUUCCAGUCAGCUCUAUGAGCCGGACCAGCUGCAGGAGCUCAAGGUGGAGAAGGUGGAUGCUCGCGGCGUGCAGCUCGCCUCUCUCUUCAUGGCGGGUGUAGACACAGCGCUCUUUGUCAAUGACGUCUGUGGACAGCCGUUGCCAUGGGAACACUGCUGCCCCUGGGGCUUCUUUGACGGAAAACUGUUUCAGAGCAAACUGUCGCGAGCAUCAAGAGACCGCGCCGCCCUGCUGGACAUGUGCGAGGGACAGGAGGAGCUGGUGUCCAAAGUGGAGAAGAUGCGCCAGGCGAUCCUUGAGGGCAUAAACCUGUCACGGCCGCCCCCUCCUCCCCCUCCUCUGCCCCCUCCUGCCUUCCUGCCCCCCUCUAUGGUGCCCCCCUUCUACCCCAUCCCCCCUCUGUACCCCCCACGGCCCAUGGGCAUGCCUCCACAUCACCACCCGCACCACCCACACCACCCCGCCCAGCACAGACCAAGAGCCUUCCCAGGCCUCCAGUCCAUCCCUCCUCAGGGCGGUAAGCUGGAGAUCGCAGGGAUGGUGGUGGGCCAGUGGGCCGGGAACAAACCAGUGCGCGGCCGUGGCUUCAACAUGAACAUGCAGGUGGUGUCAGUGGGAGCAGGGAGAGGAAGAGGCAAAGAAAUUCCAGCUAAAAUGAGAGGAGGAAAGAAGGCCACUGCCAACAGACCCCAGACCUCUCCUCCCUCCAGUCCACAGGAGGAGGCGGGCUCAGUGCCAGACGCCGUGUCGCAGCUAAACGGCAGUUCGGCCACUGCCAUUGGCCAGUCCCUGGACCUGGCUUCUCUGGCCCAGCCAAUCCCAUGUGCCUUAGCCAGCAGAGACAACCAAUCAGAGGAGGCCGCGUGUUGCCUUGAAGACUGUGCAUCAGACGGAGCGCUGCAGAAAGAGGAGUGAAGUCCGACAGUCCGACUGCCUUCCUGUUUUAGCCCCGCCCCCACUGUUGUAGCCCCGCCCUCCCCGUGAUAGCCCCGCCCUCUCUGCGCGCUGACCUGAAGCAGAAACUCUCCUGCUUUACGUUAGCGCUGAUGCAGCAAGCGGCGCCUUUGAGUUUCCAUGUGAUUUUAUGUUCUGUUGGUCUGUACGCGCCCCGCCCUUUUAGCAAGCCCUGCCCUUUUAGCAAGCCCCGCCCCUUUAGAAUGCCCCGCCCCCUUAAACAGAAUAAGCUGUCCCCUUUAGUUUGGAUGGUUUGAUUUGAGCCCUGUUGAAUCUCUGCACAGCAAAGACAGGCAGGAUGGUGGUUCCAGCUCUAGGCCUGGUCAGCCUCAUCACCGUAGCCAGAGCAUUCUGAACACUUUAGUUUUAAAAUGGGUUUUAAAAGUAUAUUCUCAAAUCAUUUGAAUAGAACUAUGAUGAACUAGUGCAGUGUCCCUCCCCGUUUUCGAUGCAUGUGUGCAUGGAGCAGUCCUUUUAAUUGGUUCUGGAGCAGUGAGUCGUGGUGUUAGCAUGCUAGUGUGCUAGCUCACUCUGACCUAUGUAGCAUAGCCUGGACCUUUGCUGUGCUCAGAAACCCUUAUGCACCUUAGGCCUGUAUGCAAGAGAAUGCCCCGCUCCUCAAAGUGCAUUAUACCCCAUCCCCCCCAAAGCUUUGAUUGUAUCAUCUCAACAGAAGCACUUAUGUUAUAUUUAAAUGAAUUAAACGCUCCUCCCUAAAUAUGACAUAGAUCCACCGCUAGAUUCUAUGAGACGUCCGAAUGUGAACAGAGUGGUUCAGGAGAAGCACUUUGUUUUAAAAUCUUAGCCACACUGGAGCACCCCCUACCAGUGAAACUCUGAGGCACCUUCGGUUCAGGCCAAAAAGAGAAACAGAAAUGGACUUGAAUGGAGAGUGUGGCCCUGCCAGGCAGAGGCCCUCCUCUUUACAUGACUUAAUACAACGCUAAAAGACUCCCCCUGCUGGGAGAUAGAACAGAUCUCAGAUCUCUGAAAUGUCCAAAGUCGAUUUGAUUGGCCGACGAGCCAAUAGUCUUACACAGGGGCGCGGCAGCAAAGCCCCAUGGCUCUGAAGGAGCUGACAAGCACUUCCCUACACCUCCGCCGACAGGCCCAGGCAGGGACAGAACUACAACGCGUUAUUAUAGCACUUAUGUUUGUAGACAAUGACAGACGGCCCAAAAAUAUAUCUGAUAUAUCUGACACAUAAGAGUAUUCUAACCAUUAGAGGUUUCACUGUUGCCAGUGCAGAGCAGGAGACUGACCACAGGAGGCGCUGUGUUCAAUUCAGGAAGGGUUGACCCGGUGUGUCAGCUGUCGACAGAAGCACCUUACUCUUAACGCGUCGACUGCGUUUAUCACCAUGAACGAUGUACCGGCUCAAACUGAAGUGUUCUGAGUGUACAGUGGUUUAUACAGAACGCCCAGUGCAGCUCUGCUCAGGCUCUGGCCCAGACUCAAAACACCAAAAUGACUUUAGGUUCUUUUGCCCUCGCGGCUCUUCACAUGUUUUAGGUGCUGUGGAAGCAGACAGCACCAGGAUUAUUAACACGACCGAAACACGAGAAUAGGCUAGAAAAUCCACCGCCACUGGCUGAUAAACAAGUCUAGACCUUUAGUGACGUCAUACUUAACAAAGUUCAGCUUAUGACAUCAGAUUAGUACAAACUUGUAUCUCUGCAGUACAUUGUUAGGCUAUUUUCUGCGGCAAGUUUGAGUGAAAUCAACAAUACGAUGAUUCCCACUCGCGAUUGGCUUGCCAUACUAAACACACACACAUUCACAUUACACAGGAGAAACCAGUUAUGUUACCAACUGCGUCACUGCUUUCGUGAUAGUUCGUUCUAGUGGAGUGGUUGUCCAUUAAAGAUCAUUUGGUAACAUAUUCUACUGACUAAACAACAAACAGAAUCCCACAACUUUUGCAUGGACAUUGAAAAUUCCUACAUACAUUGAACACAGCACACAUAACAUUAUUACAUUGAUGUUUUAACCCUGAGUUAACGCUGUAGUUAGACAUGGGAAAAAUUCAACAUGAUUGGAGAUGUAGUGUCCGGCUUUCGUCCUCGUCUGAUUUAGUUCAAUAGUUUUAUUAUUGGUGAUUUUUAUGCUUCGUAUACUGCACCCGCCCCCUGCUACUCUUUGACACUUUCUAUCACCCAGCCCAUCUGUCCCGUAGUCUGUUGUUUUCCUGAAAAUCCAUAAACCACACGCAUCAAAUCACACUCAAUAUUAAAGGUCCUGCAUUGUGCAAAUUGUUUUGAUUUUGACCAUGUUAUGAGGCUGUUUCCUUAUCAAAAACAAGUUACAUUGAUGUUUGAAUAAUCAUGCAUUUAAUAUGCAUGAUUAUUCAAACAUGAAGCCCAAAACACCAUGAUCGACUUUGUGACAUCAGUAGGUUGUGAUCUAGAAGUGGUCCUCUAUGUUCUUCAGAUCUGUUUAAAGGUUUAACAACAAAUGCCAAACAAUUUUGUCAGUAAAAUAUUUUUUAUGUACGUCCUUACAUUAAACAUGUACUAUAGCAAAGAAACUCAAGGCAAGACCUAGUGAUAAGAAUGCAUUGGAUUAAAGUAGGCACCCGAAGUGCUCACACUGCAUUAUUCAUUCACUCCACACUCAGUAAUAGCAAACUGAUAUUGUAACCACAGCUGCCCUGGGGAAGCCAGGCUGCUAAUCUGUGCCAUUGGCCCCUCUUACCACCAGCAGCUGUUCCUGUCAGGUUUACAUAUUGAAUAAAAGUGUGUAUUGUGUGAUUAUCUUGAGUCUCAAAUGCAGGACGAAUGCAGGAUUUCUUAAACAUGCAGAAUAACUCAACAUACAGAUUGGAGUGUUAAAACUAAUGAUGAAGAGAAGUCUAGUUUGCGUACAUCUCCUUUAAUUGACAGUGUCUCAGAUGAAAAGCACCUGUACAAUGCAUAAUAUUGGACCUUUAUUCAAAGCGCACACACAAAACGCAUUCACUGGAUCAGUAUAACGUCGUCCACCUCUGUAAGCUUUAAAAACACAUUCAUGUAUUAAACACACAAGCUCCCCCCCUCCUCUUAGCUCUAAAACCAUUUCUAUUGGCCACCCUUUCUCUUUCUCUGGGCUGCCCUGCCCCCUCCCCCAAUUAACAGUAAACUUAUAUUAACGUGGAUAAUCCGUUUCUGUAUGUAUCUAGCCAGUCUCAAAAGAAAAAGUUGAAAAAAAAAUCAAAAACUGUUUUAUUCAAUUGUGCAAAUGUGUUUUUCUUACUAUUUUAAUGUUACUACAUCUAUUCUAAUCCUACCAUUGCUUCAGUUAACCUAGUACUGAAAUGCGCUUAGCCAACCUAGAGAUUUCAACUGUUAUGAUUGCAAUUUUCCUUACCUGUAUUUUAUAUGGCAUCCUUAGGCCACUUCACCACUUGUAACGUAGUAAGUAUAGUAAAUAUAUUGCCCGUUUUUAUUUAAAGCUGCACCAUGUCACUUUUCUGGUCGCGUCUAAUGCUUUUUGUAUCUAUGGAGAUGUUGUUUCUUUGCCUGGCAUGUUCCACAGUAUUUAAUUAGAUGUUUUAUUGAUAAAAUAAUAAACAGUGUUAAAGUAAAUAAUUAAUGUGAACAGGUCGUCCGCUGAUCUGACCCGUAACUCUGUCUGUAGACCAUAAAGCAGCGGUGCAGGCAGGAAUGGUUUUGGUUACUAUGAUACUCCCAGUCACAAUUCUAAAUAUGGAACUUUGCUCCAAAUUAGCCGCUAUAAGUUAGAAGCUUCAAUGAGCACAAUGAUAUCACACCAGUCUAUGGAUGGUCACUGUGUCCAUGAAUAUAAAUCUGUUUUAAUGCAUUACUGUGGAACAUUCCAGGCAAAUAACAACAAUAACAACUAUAUGAAGGCAGCAAGUGGCAGUGGACCCUCUACCAGGAAAGUUCCAUAGUGCACCUUUAAAAUGGUUGUCUGCACUAUGUUCGGUUUCAAAAUAACCCCAAAAAGAAAUGUUAUGAUCUAAGCUGUAAUCUGCACCCUUGCACAAAGUUAAACAAACAUUAUUCUUGAACAUUGAGAACCAAAGUAUAUUUAGAAUUCAAUGAAAACCCUUUUAAAUCUUAUAUAUUCCCCUGGUAUUGCCCCGAAAUAACGCCUUUUCACAUGUGAUUUAACUGUAAAAGACAGCACAAGGUUCAGUGAGGUUAUCAGAAUAGAAGAUUUUUGUGGUAUUAAAGAGUUGGAGACAGGACAGGGACAAUGGGACGAUUUAAGUUCAAAAAGAUUUCAUUUGAUUGUAAUAAAUUGUGUUCAAAUUAAAUUCUAACAUUUGAGAAUUAUUUAAAGGGCCCAUAUUACACUAUUUUCUCAUCUGUGGUAUAACGUUUUCUCAUCCAAAACAUACCUGGACUUUGUUUCAUUCACAUGUUUAGGUGGAACAGAGCAUUCUGAGCUUUGGAGAUGUAGAGAGAUCAGUAAUAAAGGGUUACUCAAACAUGUGAAUGAAACAAAACACAACUCCAGGUGUGUUUUUGAGGAGGAAAUGACAUUCUAACAGGACUUGAAGCUUAAACUGUGUGUGAUAUAGGACCUUUAAAUAGAGGUGGAGAGCAGCUAAGAGUUCUCAGGUGGAGUUUGCUGUGGAACUGUCAGAUGCAGAUUUAUGGUUCAUAUCUCUGUAAUUAUUGGAUCUGUUCACAUGAAACAAAAACUGUUACGAAGGUCAACAUCUUGUCUGUUUUCUUUGCUAUUUUAACUUGAAUUUUUUUCCCUUUGAACUUGGAAUAUUACUGGGAUAUUUUGCUGCCCUCCAUCUGAAAUUUGAUAAUGUGAACACAAUUUUUUGUGUUAUUAACUGACUGAAAAUCCAUUGUAAUUUUGUUCAGACUCAUGUAUUUUUCCCCUUCUAUUUUUGUAAUGCCACAGAUUUAAAACUGAAUUUUCCUCAAAGCACCAAACUCAUUUUGGUGGUGGAAAUUUUAUGAGACAAGUACACAGAUGAUGUAUUUGCUGUUGACAUUUUGUUUUCAUUGCAUUAUCAAAUUCAAACCGUAUGUAACUGUUCUGUUGAAAAUAAAUAUAUUUUCAGAAAACUUCUUAUCAAACCAUUAUUAAGAAAUAUGAAAAAGGGAAAAUUCAGUUAUCAAUUUGUGGGACAUUAACAGACCGUUGUUUAUAAGAUUUGGGUUUCUGUUCUAUCUGGGAAUGUUGCAAUGUGAAAUCAUUUUACAAUUACUGUGCAAACAAGUAUUUUUACAAUUGGCCUACAUUUUAACAAACAAAAAAAUCAGAAAUUCUUAACUCCUUUUCUAAUCCAUUUCAAGUUCUAUGUGAUAAAAAUCAUUUACUCCACUGUUAGUCGCAUAUGUUUGAAUUCCACAUUUAUUAAAGAGGGGGUAUUGUACAAGAUCAAUUUUAUUUUAGUUCUAACGUUGUUUCCUUAUCAAAAAUACGCCUGCACAGGUUUUAGAUGUCAUCCAUGCAUGUUUGAGUAAAUUAGCGAUCUCUCACGGGCCCUGUUUGAAACCUCCUUACAGUUAAGCAGUAAGAUUUUGUACUAGGCUCCGCCCACAAGCCUUCAUCACCCACUCUCCCACACGAGAAUUCUCCAGAAAUAUACAAAAACAUGAUAGAAAACUGCACACAAUUUGACAAACACUGACUGUGUUGUGUUCGCACUCUGGAUACCCCCUCUUUAAGAAUUUGAGGAAGUAACAUUCAAAUUGCGUUGUAUCUUAAAUAUGUGUAAAUGGACUUAAACAGCUCUUUGCCCUUCUCCUGUCUGACUGCUCUAAAACUGCCACUGCCCCUCCCCAGUUCAAGAACUAUUUUAAGUCUAAAUCCACCCAUGUAUAAGGUUCAAUAAUGCCUACAUUUCAUCAUUUGUACCAAUAUAUAUGUACCUAAACCCACCCCAAACUAUCUGUGCAGCAUAAAGAUUAAGAUACCCUAAUUAUAUUGUACUAGAAUAAUUAUUAUCUUCAUUCUUGCUGUUUAAUUCCAGUUGGUAUCAUUUGUCAUCAUUGUUUAGCAUUAUGGAAGCACCAGACAGUUGUGGAAAGACUUGGAAGGCUUUUUUUAAUUUCGUCUGGUUGUCGGUGGUCUGAUAACGCAGAGGGAGGGGACAAACGCCAAGAGAGAGUCAAGAUGGCAGUCAAGUUUGUACCGGUGGGAAAUGACUUACAGUGCUGAAAUAAAAUUUAUUCUUUUAGUAAAAAAAACAA